AUGCUGAAUGAUGGAGCCUUAUCUAUUUUUGUACGCUUCUAUAUAUAUGCUAUUCAUGGUUACUUUGCUGAAGUGAUGUUCACAGCUGGAUGGGAGUUUGUUAUCAACAUCAACUGGAAGUUUCCAGGCUGCUCUAGUGUAUGGUCAUUAUUUAUAUAUGGCAUUUCCACUCUUAUCAUAGAGCGUAUGUAUUUGUCCUUGUUAAAAGAUCGUUAUUCUAUACUUGUCAGGGGACUUAUUUACACUGUAUGGAUAUACUUGUGGGAAUUCUCUUCUGGAUAUGUGCUCAAACAGUUUGAUGCAUGUCCCUGGGAUUAUACCCCGUUUGAUGCCGACUUCAUGGGACUUAUAACGCUGGAGUAUGCCCCAGGAUGGUACAUAGGAUCCAUUAUGUCAGAGCAGGUAUUGAUUAAAAAUGCACUACGUCUGCAGUUCACUUCACCAAAUUUCUUAUCUACUGAAGAGAAGAAUUCAACUGAGAACACAACCUCCAAGAACAGUGGACUGAAAAAUAAAAGUGAAUAA